ACGAUGUGAGCAAAAUGAUGAGUAUUUUGACGUUCUUAAUAAUCGAAUUGAAAAAUUAGAAAGUUUGGUGAACAAGUUAUCUCAUACGAAAAUAUACAAUAAUACAUCUAAACCGUUGUCACAUAUUGGAAUAGAGGGUCUAUUUAACUUAUCAAACCAAAUACAUAUCGAGCUAU